CCGGAGCUGUUGUAUGAAAGGCUGUGUGUGUGUGUGUGUGUGUGGUAUGUGUGUGUAAGUGUGUGAUUGCGGACAGCGUCUGAUGGAGAACAGGGAAAGAGGCAGCUCCAGCUCCAGCUCCUGUUCAGCUCUGCAGUCCCCGAGUGCCACUCUCGCUGUGUCGAGCAUUCCCUCUCACCCCAGACUCCAGCUUCGAUGAGAUUCUUUAGGCUCACCUUCAAGUGUUUUGUGGAUUGCUUCUGAAAUCUUUCGACCUGCUGGCUUUGUAUUUAAAUCAUCUCAGACCCAUCUUUGUACCAUGUUAUCAGCCCCAAAACAGCUUCACUCAGGUGGAAGUGGCUGUCCCCAUGUCCCUGAAACCGAAAGUGCUGAACUGGUUGGUGACCCAGAGUCUGUUCAUGAAGAUAAAUCAGUUUUGACUCCUCUUGUUGUCACAAAUGGUUGUGUCAAGGAUCCGGUAGUUGAACGUGAGACCUGGACCCGUCAGAUGGAUUUUAUCAUGUCUUGUGUAGGGUUUGCUGUGGGACUGGGGAAUGUUUGGCGAUUUCCUUACCUUUGUUAUAAAAAUGGAGGCGGAGCCUUCCUUAUCCCUUAUUUGCUGAUUGUUUUGGUGGGAGGAAUCCCUGUUUUUUUCUUAGAGAUUGCACUGGGGCAGUUCAUGAAGCAGGGAGGUAUUGGAGCGUGGAACAUUGCACCCCUCUUCAAAGGUUUGGGCUUCGCUUCCAUGGUGAUAGUGUUUUUCUGUAACACCUAUUACAUCAUGGUGCUUGCAUGGGGCUUGUAUUAUCUUAUCCAUUCCUUCACCAAUAAUCUUCCUUGGGCAACGUGUGGAAACUCAUGGAACACUCCAGAAUGCACCGAAGUCUUCCGGCAUGAUCAGUGCCACAACGGGACCAUCACUAAUGCCACCGCUUCUAACAUUAGCUGUGACGAGCUGGUGGAUAAACGCUCCCCCAUCACUGAAUUCUGGGAGAGGAAAGUGCUGCGAAUCUCGGUUGGAAUUGAUCAUCUCGGAACGAUCAACUGGCAGAUGCUCCUGUGUGUCCUUGCGACCUGGAUUAUUGUCUACUUCUGUAUCUGGAAAGGUGUGAAGUCAACAGGGAAGGUUGUCUACUUCACUGCUUUGUUCCCGUAUCUUGUCCUGAUCAUUCUCCUUGCUCAUGGAGUUUCGCUUCCGGGAGCUUUGGAUGGCAUCAUUUACUACCUGAAACCUGAUUGGUCCAAGCUUGGUGAAGCGCAGGUUUGGAUUGAUGCAGGAACCCAGAUCUUUUUCUCAUAUGCGAUUGGAUUAGGAGCACUUACAGCACUAGGCAGCUACAAUCGUUUUCACAACAACUGCUACAGAGAUGCUUACCUCUUGGCCCUGAUUAACAGCACCACCAGCUUUUUCUCAGGCUUUGUAGUGUUUUCUGUGCUCGGGUUUAUGGCUUCUGAACAAGGAAUGGAUAUCUCAAAGGUGGCAGAAUCUGGACCUGGUCUAGCAUUUAUCGCCUAUCCAAAGGCUGUGACCCUCAUGCCAAUUGCCCCGCUCUGGGCUGCCCUCUUUUUCUUCAUGCUCCUGGUCCUUGGCUUGGACAGUCAGUUUGUGGGAGUGGAGGGUUUCAUCACCGGGAUCAUGGACCUGUUUCCAACGUAUGUGUCUGGGGGUCUGCGGAGAGAGGUGGUGGUUGCUGUUUGUUGCCUGGUCUGUUUCAUUAUUGACCUGUGCAUGGUGACAGACGGUGGAAUGUACAUCUUCCAGUUGUUUGACUAUUAUUCUGCAAGUGGCAUUACACUGUUGUGGCAGGCAUUCUGGGAGUGUGUCGUUGUUGCCUGGGUUUAUGGUGCAGACCGUUUCAUAGACGAUAUUGCGCGAAUGAUUGGAUACCGCCCCUUACCCUGGAUUAAGUGGUGUUGGCUCUUUAUCACUCCCUGUGUCUGUGUGGGGAUCUUCCUCUUUCAUGUUGUGAAUUACAAACCACUGACUUACAACAAAACCUAUGUGUACCCAUGGUGGGGCGAGACGAUUGGCUGGAUCCUGGCCAUUGCUUCAAUGGUCUGCAUUCCCCUCACUGUGGUUAUUAAAAUGCUCGGUGCUGAGGGAUCACUGCAACAGCGAUGGCGACAUCUUACCACACCUGUAUGGGGAUCACACCACCUGCAGUAUAUGGCAAUAGAGGCAUCCUCAAAAUUCCUGCCAACAGAGGGUCAGGGCCAAGGACACAAGGAGAAGGAGACGGCCAUAUAGCCAGGCCGCAGAGAGCUAUUAAUCCUAUAACCUUCAACCCUGGAUACCUUUGCAGCUCUGCCAAGUCCUGCAUGUGAUUUUUGACAUAUCAUCUGUUCCCAUUCAGAUUUUACAUGCAAGUUCUGAAGUGUUUUGUAGAGAAUGUGGCUGUGAAUGUAGAUGUAGCAAUCCUGUCUAUUUUUUCAGACAUAGUUUGCUUUGUAAAUGCACACAGGCUAGAAAAUUGCACUCAUGACCAGUGACUUCACCUGAUAUUAGACAUUUAGGCUAAAACUCUCAAUAACGAAUACCAUUGGAUAGCUCUGUAGGCUAAGCUGAUCUAAACAAUCUUUUUCCUUCGUGUUGGUCUGAACUGGGUGAAGAGCAAAGUAUGAAGGUGACACCAAUCAGCCCUGAGACAGGUGAUGCUCCAGCCAAUCUUAGGAGGCCCUCAGGGUAUAAAGGAGAUAGCCAGAUACAUCAGUGAGGCAGCUCAAGAGAACAGAGGGUCAGGGUGCAAAGGGCAAGUUGAUGACUGUAGCCUGAAAGUAUUUCUUUACAUAAAGGGUGAGUACCAGCUGCAAUAGAUUGGCAGGAAGAGUGUUGAUGCAACAGGAAGUAAUAAGGAGAGGGUGUCACAGAAUUCUUACAGGGCAGAAGGAGGCCAUUCAGCCCAUCAUGAUUGCACCGGCUCUCUGAAUGAGCAACUCACGUAAUUCCACUCCCCUGCCUUGUCCCGGUAACCCUGCACAAUCUUCCCUUUUCAGAUAACGAAUAAUGAUAGGGUUAAUGUUCUGCUUAGUGAGACUAGAUGGCAGAAAGAUUAGAUUGUGAUCCUGUGACUUGCUGAUUGACUUGUGAAUAUCUUCAAUCCAGUUUUCCACCAAGAUUUGUAAUAUCUAUGGUGCUGGAUGUAGCUUUUAAUUCUAUCACUUGCAGACUUGCCUCAAUGCCUGGUUGGCUUGUGUGAAUGGAGGGCGGUGUUGCAGAAUGUACCCGCUCUGUAAGCAGUAUUACGUUAGGGUCACAGUUCCAAACACCAACUCGACUGAUAAAAACAAAAUAAAAACAAAAAAACUGCGGAUGCUGGAAAUCCAAAACAAAAACAGAAUUACCUGGAAAAACUCAGCAGGUCCGGCAGCAUCG